UAACGGGGAGUGUCCCGGGACACGAGCAUAAACAGCGGCUGUGCGCUCCACCGCCCCGCCGACUCGACGCCUCUCUGCUCCCGCUGCAGCUAGAAGCGCUCACCGCGGCUCACUCAGGUCCUCACCCGUCCGUCCGUCUGUCCCUCACCGAUCACAACCUAACGCCUUCAGGAUGGCAGCGCAACACCCAGAGUUCCAGCGGGCCGGAAAGGAGCCAGGCCUCCAGGUGUGGAGGGUGGAGAACUUUGACCUGGUGCCCGUCCCUAAAAAUCUGUAUGGGGGAUUUUACAGCGGAGACGCCUACCUCAUCCUCAACACCAUCAAACAACGCUCCGGAAACCUGCAGUACGACCUCCACUUUUGGUUGGGUGAGGCCUGCACCCAGGAUGAGAGCGGCUCGGCGGCCAUCUUUACAGUCCAAAUGGACGACUUCCUGGGGGGGAAACCCAUCCAGUACCGCGAGGUCCAGGGGUACGAGUCCAAAACCUUUCUUGGGUACUUCAAGUCCGGACUCAAGUACAUGAAAGGGGGCGUGGCGUCUGGGUUCAAGCACGUCGUCACCAACGAGGUGGUUGUGCAGCGGGUGCUCAAGGUCAAAGGUCGCCGUUCUGUCCGGGCAACAGAGGUGGCGGUCAGCUGGGACAGCUUCAACCAGGGAGACUGCUUCAUCCUGGACCUGGGAGCUGAGAUUUACCAGUGGUGCGGCUCCCAGAGCAACCGCUUUGAGAAGCUGAAGGCUACGCAGGUCGCCAAGGGUAUCCGUGACAACGAGCGCAGCGGGAGGGCAAAGGUUUACCUCUGUGACGAGGGGAUGGAGAGAGAGAAGAUGAUAGAGGUGCUGGGUGAAAAACCAGAUCUGCCUGCCGGAACCUCUGAUGACAUCACGGCUGACGCUUCAAACAGGAAGAUGGCCAAACUCUACAAGGUGUCCAAUGCCAGUGGAGACAUGACCAUCGCGCUGGUGGCAGCAGAAAAUCCGUUUGCCCAGAGCGCCUUGGAUUCCGGUGACUGCUUCAUUCUGGACCAUGGCACAGAUGGCAAGAUCUUCGUCUGGAAGGGCAAAGACGCCAACAUGGACGAGAGGAAGGAAGCCAUGAAAGCAGCAGACGAGUUCAUCAAGAAGAUGGGUUACCCCAAACACACUCAGGUCCAGAUCCUGCCAGAGAUGGGCGAGACGCCGCUCUUCAAGCAGUUCUUCAAAAACUGGCGGGACAGAGAUCAGACGGAGGGCUUGGGUGUGGCCUACAUCGCCAACAGCAUCGCCAAGAUCGAGAAGGUGCCAUUCGACGCUUCCACCCUGCACGACUCCGCUGCCAUGGCUGCCCAGCACGGCAUGGUGGAUGAAGGCAACGGAGAGAAACAGAUUUGGCGUAUUGAGGGCAACGACAAGGUGCCAGUGGAUCCAUCCACAUACGGACAGUUCUAUGGAGGAGACAGCUACAUCAUCCUUUACAACUACAGACACGGAGGACGUCAGGGACACAUUAUCUACAUGUGGCUGGGCAGUGACUCCAGUCAGGAUGAGAUCGGGACCUGUGCGAUCCUCGGCUCUCAGCUGGAUGAUGAGCUCGGCGGUGGUCCUGUGCAGGUUGUUGGUGCUCCUAUAACCACUCAGGUGAGGGUGAUGCAGGGCAAAGAGCCAGCCCAUCUGAUGAGUCUGUUUGGAGGACAGCCCAUGGUGGUGUACAAGGGAGGAACGUCCAGAGAAGGAGGUCAGUCCGCUCCCGCAGAGACUCGACUCUUCCAGGUGCGCUCCAACUCUGCAGGACACACCCGAGCUGUGGAGCUUGAUGCAGCGUCCUCCAACCUGAACUCCAACGACGCCUUUAUUCUGGUGACCCCUGGUGGCUCCUUCACGUGGGUGGGAGUGGGUGCCAGUGACACAGAGAAGCAGGGAGCUCAGCAGCUGUGUGACAUCCUGGGAGUGUCGGCCUCUGAGCUGUCUGAGGGAGGAGAGACUGAUCAGUUCUGGGAAGCUCUGGGAGGAAAGACAGAAUAUCGCACCUCCACCAGACUCAAGGACAAGAUGGACGCUCACCCUCCCAGACUCUUCGCCUGCUCCAACAAGACUGGAAACUUCAUCAUUGAGGAGGUACCCGGGGAGAUGACCCAGGACGACCUCGCCACUGAUGAUGUCAUGAUCCUGGACACCUGGGAGCAGGUGUUUGUCUGGAUCGGAAAUGAGGCCCAAGAGGAAGAGAAGACUGAAGCCAUGAAGUCUGCGGUCCGUUACAUCGAGACAGAUCCCGCCAACAGAGACCCCCGGACGCCCAUCGUCAAGAUCAAGCAAAGCUUCGAGCCGCCCACCUUCACCGGCUGGUUCCUGGGCUGGGACCACGAGUACUGGACCAGCGACCCCCUGGAGCGUGCUAUGGCUGAUCUGGAGCUGUGAGAUCUCCCCUGACUCUUCCUCUCUUCAUCCCUCCCCAUCAGCCCUGACCUUUGACCCCGCUGCUCCGCUACAAGCACUGAGCUCCAAUCAUAAGACUUUUUUAGCUGCCACUAUACUCCCCCAAAACUUUUUUUACUUUGUGUUGUGUUGUGAGGGACACAGGUCGGCGAGGCGGUGUUUUAAUUUAGUCUCAGCCAAUAGCAAUAGAGCUUUAACAGAUACUCAGGCUUCCUGUAGGGUUUGUGCUAAAUACACUCCGCUACUUUUAUCCAAGUCAGUUUUUCACAUUUAUUUUAUAUGUUGACGAUAAAACCUGUUCACUAGUGAAAUGUAACGAGAAGUCUUGGUGUGCUGCAACAUUGGAAAACUCACUGCCAAGAAAACACUGCUUAUAAACAGCAAUACAACCAAUGCCUUAAUCUUUUUUCCUCUAGUUUACAGUAAACCUGCUGUUUUUUAAAGUUACUGUUCCACUCCAAGGAUGCCUUUAUAGAGACGUCGUUUGCACCUUCAGUUUAGAAGCCUCUUAUAUUUAUUGUUUUAUAAGUUCCAGAUUCACAGCCAGGAGAGCUUGUGUGACACUGCAAUAGCCAACUUUACAUGGGGAGCCAACGCUUUGCUGCUUUACAAACCAGUUACAUCUUCUGUGACACUUUCAAAAGGUUUCCCUAAGCCUUGUUAUCAUUUCAAUAAAACCAAAUUAAACGUG